AUGGUUAACCCAACAUUUGAAAGCCCCGUUUGUGGACAAAUAUUAAGGCCAGAGACCCCUGUUACACAUAAGAAACGUUUUUCAUGUCUGACCUGUGGAAAAAGUCUUUCAGAAAAAUAUAGAUUAACUGCGCACAUCAGAAUUCACACGGGUGAAAGGCCGUAUUCAUGUAUGACCUGUGGAAAACGUUUCAUCCAAAAAAGUAAUUUAACUGAGCACAUAACAAUUCACACAGGUGAGAAGCCAUUUUCCUGUAUGAUCUGUGGGAAAAGCUUCAGACUAAAAGGUCAUUUAACUGUUCACGAAAGAAUUCAUGCACGCAAGAAGCCAUUUUCAUGUAUGACCUGCGGAAGAAGUUUCUCACAAGAAGUUAGUUUAGCUACUCACAUAAGAAUUCAUACAGAUGAGAAGCCAUUUUCAUGUAUGACCUGUGGAAAAACCUUUAAACAAAAAAGUACAUUAAAUGUGCACAUCAGAACUCACACAGGUGAGAAACCGUUUUCAUGUAUGACCUGCGGAAAAAGUUUCUCACAAAAAAGUUAUUUAGCUUUUCAUAGAAAAAUUCACACAGGCGAGAAGCCAUUUUCAUGUGUGACCUGUGGAAAAAGCUUUAGACGAAAAAAUCUGUUAAGUGAUCACAUAAGAAUUCACUCAGGAGAGAAACCGUUUUCAUGUAUGACCUGUGGAAAAAGUUUCGCACAAAAAGGUUCUUUAGCUUAUCACAAUAAAAUUCACUCAGGCGAGAAGCCAUUUUCAUGUGUGACCUGCGGAAAAGGCUUCAGACAAAAAACUCAGUUAACUUAUCACAUAAGAAUUCACUCAGGCGAGAAGCCGUUUUCAUGUGUGACCUGUGGAACGGGCUUCAGAAAAAAAACUCAGUUGACUCAUCACAUUAAGAUUCACACAGGUGACUAG